AUGACGAUCCAGAGAGUCUACGCCUUCAACGUCCCCAACGAGGAGGACAUCCCAGGCAUGGUUCAAGCCUACAGAGACCUUGCCGAGGAGAACCAGAAGGAUGGCGAAAAGUACAUCCUCGACAUCAAGGCUUUCAAGCAAGAUGGUGACAAGUUCAACCAAAACUACAACUUUGUCGCAAUGACGCAGUUCAAGGAUGCCGAGGACAUGAAGUUCUACGACAACGAGUGCCCAGCUCACCAGAAGCUGAAGGAUGUCGGCAAGGGCAAGACCGGCCCACCGCUCAUCCUUUUCGGCAACCCAUAA